AUGGAUACAGACCCGGCUCCCACCUCGCGCCAUGUUGAGGAGGAGGACGUUGUAGAAGUGACCGCAAGUGCGGGCGUCUCAACACCAGUGUGUCCGUCUGCCUGUUUGAAGAAACCCAUGCCCGCCCGAACAGGUAGCGAGUAUCAUUGCACCGACAGCGUGAAGACACCAAACAUCAAUGAGCGAGGUCGGGUCGAGCUGAUGGGGAAAGGCACGCCAACGCGCACGGAUGUCGACUCCAGCCCUGCCGUCACAACUGACGCAGUGAAGGACGAAGCUGGUGGUGGACCUGGCAUGGCGUCCGCCGCUGCAGCGCCUGACGUGGCAGUCAUUUCUCAGCUCCUCCUCCAAGUGCUGGGAGGCGCCGGCUCUUUGGGUGAAGCUGCAGUUCCUGGGUUCAACACAAGGGAGCGCGGCGGUGCAGAGGCUCCGUUCGACUAUGGCCUGACCAACCAUGAUACUAAAGCAAUGUGCUUCACGAGCGGCCCUACGGAGAAUGAGAAGAGGAUGAAGUUGGCAGCAGGCAGAGUGUGGGAGGUGGUGGAAAAGUGGCUAGGUAUCACCAAGGGUGUGUGGUACGACAAGGUGGUGGGAGCGUUCAGCCUCCCGUGCUGCCCCGUGCCCCUGGCUUCCCGUGCUGCCCCGUGCCCCGGUGCUCCCGUGCUUUCGUACUCCCGUGCUGCCCCGUGCCCCGGUGCUCCCGUGCUGCCCCGUGCCCCGUGCUCCCGUGCUACCCGUGCUUCCCCUGCUGCCCUGCUUCCCGUGCUUCCCGUGCUGCCCCGUGCCCCGGCUUCCCGUGCUGCCUUGUGCCCCGGUGCUCCCGUGCUGCCCCGUGCCCCGGUGCUCCCGUGCUGGCCCGUGCCCCGUGCUUCCGUGCUACCCAUGCUUCCCCUGUUGCCCUGCUUCCCGUGCUGCCCCAUGCCCCGGUGCUCCCGUGCUGCCCAGGGGGCGGCUGAGAAGGGGUGA